AUGCCCAGCUUCUUCUCGAGGUUGAAGGGCAAGGAUGGCCCGACCAAGGCCUCCAAAAAGAAGGGCGCGCAGCAGACCGAUCUCAAUGCACUUCCGCCAAAGCCUCAAUGGGAAGAUGCGUGGACCCGGAAGACCGUCGAUCCAGAGGAGGUACAAGAACUCCUGAGGGGCUGCACGGUAGAGUUGAAGUCUAGAGCAAUGGAAAUCCCCCUAUCCCUUCUCCCUUUCCGACCAACUUCAGAUCCAAGCGCCGCGCGCACUUUUAUUCGACACUUCUUCGACCGCGAUCACAAACUAUAUGGUGAGGGUUUGGCCCAGGAAUUGCGCCUCACGGAGCCCAUGGUUCUGUGUAGCGUCGUUAAAUGGUGCUGGAGCAGAUUACCUGGCGGAGUAGUAACAUGGGACGCAUAUGAACUAUUCAGAGUUGGCGAGUCUGAUUCGAACAUGGCGAGGGAUGCCUUUGCAACUUUUAUACCCUUGAGCGUCGAUUCUGAUGCGCGGACUAAGAUUAUUUUCGAUUUCUUCGACCUCUUAUCAGCUAUUGUAGCACACGCGAAGACGAACGGCUUUGGCGGUAGAAAAUUGUCGAGGUUAGCUGGCUGGUGGGCCUUUGAGCAUAGCGAUAACAAGAAUGGGUUUGAGGGCGGUUACAACACCUGGAUAGCUGCUGCGGAUGCUGCCAGCCACCUGUUCUUUGCAUACCUACGCUCCCUGUCUCCGCAGUCUGUCGGCGGCAUGAAUGGCAUAUCCAGCCUGCCAAUCUCCCUUCAAAAGCUGCUCCAGGAAACCGAAUAUCCCCCCCAGAGACCAGCUCUGUUACAGUCAACAACCACUAAGGUUGUCAUGAUAGUAGAUGCCGUCUCGCCUACUCCUUUCGCCCUUUUGCGCCGAGCCAACCACUUUCAAUAUAGAGAUGACGAUAGAGCGUUAAAGGAAUUUGCCGAAUACGAAGAUCCGGUCAAAGCGUUAACUGAUGAGUGCCGCCGUGUUCUACGAUGUAUCUCUUCAGCAAACCAAUCCCAGGUUUCGAACUCCAAGAACUCCACUGGGCUGCGCGAUGCUUCCUGGUCGAGAUUUGAAGAUAUUGGGUUUUCUGGGGGGAUCGAGGAGAACGAGGAAGUGGACGAAGAAAGCAAUUUCAUGAAACGACGCAGCCACCCCCACGGUUUGAGAACCACACCUCAUUACAAAAACGUAGGUUUGGCCCGGCCAACUACCCCUUCAUGGGCAGACUUCCUCUCUUCAGGUUUUGUCGACGAGGCGAAAGCGGGUCCUGCACCGUUACUACUGCCUCCUGAUAAAAUCCUACCUCCGAUCGAUACUCGUGGCCGUAGUUCACAAUCUCACCGACCAAGACUGGAGACGGAGAGCAUUCUCGAGCCUGGUGAGCUGGCCAGCAUAAAUAAAUUUGAUCUAGAUGAUUCAUUCUGGUGGGUUUGGAUUACCAGUUUGGCCGGCGAAGAGACCCCAGAGAGAAAGGCAGCAUUCGGCCGAUGUGCUUUAAUUGAGACCGUCAUUCGAGGGGGAAGAUGGCUGGUUAUGGAGGAAGUGGUGAAGGGUGCUGCUGCUGAACCUGCGGCCGGUGCAUAUAUCGCAGAGAAGAAGAGCUUUUGGGGCCGCACUAAGAAGAACAAAGCGCGCCGUAAGUCUACAGGCAAGGAAGCCCUGGAGCAACAGGGUGCCUUGCAGCCUUUCAAGACGGCCCACAACGAUGGCACGAGUAAGGUUAGUGUUGGACCGGAUCAACAUGCUCGGAUUCAAGCAGCUGCUAUUCAACUGCAGCAGAAGCAACGACAACAGGAAGCGGAGCAGCAAAAGGGACUUCGUCGAGGACGUGCCGAUAUAGAUACGAGCUCACAGAAGACCAACAGCGUCUUCACUUUGCAGCCUGUUAUUAUGUCGGAAGCUUCUCCAGCAAUGAAAUGGGCUAACAAAUAUGACAAAGAUGCCAUUCGGGAAGCCUACCUAGCUAACUCUAACACUGGACGCGGAACUCCCGAGCCCAUGGCUUAUACCAAUGGACACAACACACAAAGCCAAGAUACGCUCCGGCCAGCUCAAAAUUUACAGCGAGCAAACUCUCGGGAUAGAGAUCUUCCUUCGGUACCGUCUUCCGCGGGACCUGCUGUUCCUUCGAAGCUAUCUUCACCAUCUGCGCCAACUCCGGUAGCAAAAAACAGUAAGGAGCAAUCUCACUGGUCAGAGAAGGCCACUGAGGCAGCUCUGCCAGCAGAUACCCACCCAGCUGUUGCAGGUCCAUCUCUCAUGCUAUCCCCCAUGCCACAUGUGACACAGCCCCCUAUUGAGCAGCACCCAGCCGUCGCCCGGUCAGCGUCUCCCUUGCCAUCUGUUGAGCAGCCAAGUCUAGAUAUUUCUAGACCUUCAGAGGAUACUCACGUUGGCGGUUCGAGCCCUGAAAGUAAAGCUAAGCACAAUAAACUGAGGAAGAAGGAGCUUGGUGGUGAGCCCCGUGGUUUCAGAAAGAUCUUCGGCCGGAAAAACCGCCAAUCUAUGGUUCCAGAGAACGCCCCUGAACUCCUGAACGGUCCUCAAGGGUCUCUUCAGCCAGCACAACCAGGUGGUAUUGGAAGAAGAUUAUCACAUCUACGCAAGAAGAGCCCACCAGCCGCCCCUGCCGCUUCCCCCACCCCCACAACUCAGCCUCCUAGAAGUGCACAAAUUUCAGAGAAUGAGAUCACGCCUAUUGCCUCUCCCCAACCCCAAUUCGAACGGUCGUAUGACCCUUCUGUACGGGAAAGCUUGUCCCGUGUUGAUACCAAUGAUGCCCGUGAAGCCCGCCAAGCUUUCUCCAACUUCGACCAAGGCCCUCUUGAUGAUGUCCCAGCAUUUGUACCAGAUUCCCCAGCAGUCAGCGAUGACAGUGCCGCUCCGCCAAAUAUAUCGAGAUCGCAUGAGCCUGAAGUAACUACUUCUCCUCUAACACAGGAGGCUUCUCCCCCUCAGGAUCGAUGGGCUCAGAUCCGAAAGAAUGCCGCGGAGCGAGCGGCUGUGCGACAGAGCGAAGAACAAAGCCGCGGAGGUCACAGCCAGAAGACCGAUGGUGAGGAUGGCGAGACAAGCGGGGAAGAAACUAUCGAGUCUCGAGUCGCGAGAAUCAAAGCCCGCGUCGCUGAGCUCACAGGUAAUAUGGAAUCCAACGGAAGCCCUACCAGUCAGAGCCCAGGCCGGAAGCCUACUGGCUAUUAA